AUUUGUAGUUUACCUGUCUCAGUUGAGUCAACUACCAACUAAAAUCAUUAACGACGCAAUAAAUUCCGUCCCAAUUCCACCUGACACAUUCCCUCUAGUACCCCCACCGAGCUCGAAACACACACUAGCAAUCAAGGGCACUUCCGUAACUUCGCCCACGAGAAUCUCCCUAUAAGAAACCCCCUCAGCUUUACUUUACAGAUUCAAUCCGUUUCAACCUCAUAUCAAAAUCCCCAAAUCCGCCGCGGAAAUGUCGACGUCGCAGCAGAUCGAUUCCCACCGCGAGAACGCCGAGGUGUACAGCGGCGACGCGGCGGUGUGCAAGCAGAAGUCGAAGGAGCUGCUGGAGAAGAUCAACAUGCCCAAGGGGCUGCUGCCGCUGGACGACCUCGUCGAGGUCGGCCACAACGCCGAGACCGGAUUCGUGUGGCUGAAGCAGAAGAAGAGCAAGACGCAUUACUUCAAAGGAAUCGGCCGCAGCGUCUGGUACGACACCGAGGUCACGGCGUUCGUCUCUGAUCGCCGGAUGAAGCGCCUCACCGGCGUCAAGAGCAAGGAGAUCCUGAUCUGGGUCACUAUCUGUGAUAUUUCGAUCAAGGACCCUGAAUCCGGUAAAAUUACGUUUGGUACCCCUACCGGAAUCUCCAGAUCUUUUCCGGCGUCGGCGUUUGAGGAGGAAGAGGAGAAGAAAUGAUAUGUUAUGAUCAUGACUGUGCAGCUUGCUUUGAAUAAAUCUGGUUAAUUUCUCAUUUUCUGUUUUUAAAUACUUCUGGACUAUGGCUGCUUCAUAUUUAAGCAAGUUCAUAUGAAUGUAUUAAUAUGUGGAAUAUUUUACUACCAAUAUUCGUCUA